AACUUCCGAGAAGAACCGGCAGUAAUCUGAAGGCGUAAAAUCUCCCAAAAUGCAUAUGUUACGACGGGACAAGAAAGAGGAAGAGGAUGGUGGGGGAAAUCCUUUCCACAAUAUAGAAAAAAGCAGUGUGUUGCAAGAGGCAAGGACCUUCAACGAAUCACCUAUAAAUCCAAGAAAAUGUGCUCAUAUCCUCACCAAGGUCUUAUACCUGAUCAACCAGGGUGAGCAGAUUGGGGCAACAGAAGCUACAGAAGCAUUUUUUGCCAUGACGAAGCUGUUUCAGGCCAAAGAUCCAAUCCUGCGACGUCUUGUUUACCUUGGGAUUAAGGAAAUGUCCAAGAUUGCCCAGGACGUAAUCAUCGUCACCAGCAGUUUGAUGAAGGACAUGACAGGAAGAGAAGACCAGUUCAGAGGCCCAGCCAUCCGUGCCCUUUGUUCCAUCACAGAUACGACAAUGUUGCAGAGUAUUGAGCGUUACAUGAAACAAGCUAUCGUGGACAAAGUCACAUCUGUGUCCAGUGCAGCCCUAGUCUCCUCACUGCAUUUGAGUAAAUGUAGCCAGGAUGUGACUAAGCGUUGGGUGAAUGAGGCACAGGAAGCCGUGUCAAGUGACAAUAUUAUGGUCCAGUACCAUGCCCUAGGACUGCUGUAUCACAUCAGGAAAUAUGACAGACUGGCUGUCACCAAACUAGUGACAAAGUUUUCCAAGCACUCCCUCAAGUCUCCCUACGCCUACUGUCUACUGAUCAGAAUCGCAAGUAAACUUAUGGAAGAGGAAGGAGUUGGAACUGACAGCCCCAUGUUUGACUUCAUUGAAAACUGCCUGCGCCACAAGAGUGAGAUUGUCAUUUACGAGGCAGCCCAUGCCAUAGUGAAUUUAAAGAACACAUCUGCCAAAGAGCUGGCCUCUGCAGUACCUGUUCUCCAGCUCUUCUGUAGCUCAGCCAAGCCCACACUUCGGUUUGCAGCCAUCAGGACUCUCAACAAGGUUGCCAUGAAACAUCCAGCUGCAGUGACAGCCUGUAACUUAGAACUGGAGAAUCUGAUCACUGAUUCUAACCGAAGUAUUGCUACACUGGCCAUUACUACUCUGCUGAAGACAGGAAGCGAAAGCAGUAUUGACAGACUGAUGAAACAGAUUUCCAGCUUCAUGAAUGAAAUCUCGGAUGAAUUCAAAAUCGUCGUCAUUCAGGCUAUACAGUCACUAUGCCAGAAGUUUCCAAGAAAACAUCCUGUUUUGAUGAAUUUCCUGUCCUCUGUCUUGAGGGAUGAGGGUGGUUUUGAGUAUAAGAAAGCAAUCGUAGACAGUAUUAUAACUAUCAUAGAGGACAACCCAGAAGCCAAAGAAGCAGGACUUGCCCACCUGUGUGAAUUCAUUGAGGAUUGUGAGCAUACUGUUCUGGCCACAAAGAUCCUACAUCUUCUUGGUCGGGAGGGGCCACGUACUCCAACCCCCUCCAAGUACAUUCGUUUCAUCUACAACAGAGUCAUCCUUGAGAAUGCUGCUGUACGAGCAGCCACUGUGACAGCUCUGGCUAAGUUUGGCGCACACUGUGAGGAGCUUUUGCCUAGCUGUAUAGUCCUUCUGGAGAGGUGUUUGUUAGACACAGAUGAUGAAGUGAGAGACCGAGCUACAUUUUAUGUACAUACUCUCAAGCAGCAGCAGAAAUCACUCAAGUCUACCUACAUCCUCAACGGCCUACAGGUUUCUGUGGUGGGACUAGAGAGAGCUUUACACCACUACACAAUGGAGCCAUCCGAGACUCCUUUUGAUGUCAAGUCUGUCCCACUAGAGACUGCACCCCUUCCAGACAGUAAACAAGUACGGGAACCUGGAGAGGUCGGGGCACCAAAGGCAGAAAAGGUGGCAGCUUCCAGACAGGAUAUAUAUGCAGAACAGCUGUCUGCUAUUCCAGAGUUUGCUAACCUUGGUAACCUGUUCAAGUCAUCAUCGCUACCUGUACAGCUGACAGAAUCAGAGACUGAGUAUGUUGUGCAGUGUGUUAAACAUACAUAUAGUCACUACAUGGUGUUUCAGUUUGACUGCAGCAACACCCUGAAUGACCAAGUUCUAGAAAAUGUCACGGUACAGGUGGAGCCAGCAGAUGGGUUUGAGGUGCUCAAGUUUGUGCCCUGUGCUAGUUUACCUUACAAUAAACCUGGCACAACCUACACACUAGUUCAUCUACCAGAGGAUCCAACUUUAGUAACAGGAACAUUCAGCUGCACAAUGAAAUUUAUAGUAAAGGAUUGUGAUCCCAACACAGGUGAACCAGAUGAUGAAGGAUAUGAGGAUGAAUAUGUGUUAGAGGAUGUGGAGGUAUCUGUUGCUGACCAUGUUCAGCGUGUUAUGAAACCAAACUUUGGAGCAUCAUGGGAUGAAGUAGGACCAGAGAAUGAACUGGAAGACACAUAUGCCCUGUCUACCAUGAAGACACUUGAAGAGGCUGUACAGAAUAUUAUCAAGUUUAUGGGUAUGCAGCCCUGCGAACGUUCAGACAAAGUACCAGAGGGCAAGUCUUCACAUACUCUGUACUUGGCAGGAGUGUACAGAGGAGGUCAUGAUGCCCUGGUUAGGGCAAAGCUUGCGCUUUCUGAUGCAGGCGUCACCAUGCAGCUGACUGUCCGUUCAACUGACCCAGAUGUGUCGGAGGUCAUGGCCACUGCCAUAGGUUAAAUGGACCUUUGGGUCAAUGUUUUUCUGCCAUCAUGUACCAUGUACAGGGUUUCAGGAACCAUUUAGGUUGUUACAGCUCUCACUGAUUCUGAUGGACAGAUUAGGGGAUAUUCUAUAUUGAUACUUAUCAUAACAAGUGAUAUCACAGCAAAGCAAUUUACUGGUGGUGAAAAUUCUUAUAUAAAUGUUUUUCUUUCUUUUUUUAACGAUCUAUCGUGUAUUCAGGUUUAAUUUGUUAUAGAAUAUUUUUGGAGUUUCAACAUAUAAAUCUGGGUUAUAUGAUGUGAAAUUCAUAUUGAAUUUUAUUAAAUACAUUUGGCCUCCUCUGGAAUUAACUUCACUCAAAUUCUGCCUGUUUUAAGAAAGAUUGAAGAGAUAUUAAGAAAAUGUGUACCAGGUAUUUAAAGUGUUACUAUUAUUUAUUCACAGAGAAGCAAUUCAGUUUACUGCUUCUUACUGAAAAAUGCAACAUUACUGUUAAAAAUUAAGUUAUGAUAUUAUAACUUUGAUGAUGUUUGUCAUUUGUUUAAAUCAUGCUAUGGUAAUGCUAAUAAAAGAUAUC